UUAUAUGAUCCGUCUUUCUCAUGCUUGUGUGUGUGGUCUGUCAAAAUGACCUGAGCAAUGUCAAACAUUUUCAUGACUAGCUUUGCUGGUGUAAUGAAGAAUAGUUUAGUUGCAGACGAACUACUAACUCCAAGAGAGAUCAAAUCAUCAACCUUGUAUGGAAAAUCGAAAAAAAUUCCGCUCCACUGUAAUUUUUUUCCUUCGCGUUUUCGAACUCAGGGCAUGAUUCUACACCAAAAAUGAUCAUCAGCUUACCGAGUUCAAAAAUGCUGUUAACUAGUGUUAUUAGUGAAAUUGCGAAAAAAUCCAUAUUGCAGGUGAGAUUUGAACUCACGACCUUAUACGCAAGUGGUUGGUACAAAGUAAUUCAAAUCUCAUCGAUCAUGUUUCAUCUUUCUCUUAAUUGCAUUGUAAAUAUAUCCAUCUCUUACGAACACAUGUAAGGUACCCCGAGGCAAGUGAGAAUGGGGGGCAAGUGAGACCUACAGUUGGUAUUUUUUUAUGAUUUAUUUGGAAGACUAACUUUCUUCAUGGAAAACAUAGGUAUCACACCUACGGAUACUUUAAAUAUAAAAAAUGUUAUUGUUUCAACCAUAAAGAGACCAUAUACGUUAUUGUUGUUUAUAUGUAAUUUUCAAUGCACUAGGUGAGAUUGACGUGCUCUACUACAUUCGUCGUUUAAAAAUAGAUUUUUCAUUCUACAAAUACUUUUUCGGUUUCGGGAUAGUAUUUGGAGUUCUUGCAAAUGAUUUCAAGCGAAAAAGCUGUAUUUUAUUUUUAUUUAUUACCUUUAGUUUACUGCUCUCACUUGCCCCAGUGCAUUUCGCUAUCUGGGGUAAGUGGGAUCUAUGAGAAUAAACAAACACAAUUUUAUGGGUUCAUCUCGCCUUGUCCAGCCUAAGAUGAAUUAGCACGAAAGUCAAUAAAAAUUGACGUGUUAAGUAAUCUACUGUUGAAUUACAUUAUUACCUUUGUUUAGAUGAUACAAUUCUUGUUAAAAAUGGUAAAACCUUGGGUAAAACGAAAAAAAAAAAAAAACAAAAGCAUGUAUUUUUUAUGUUUUUCUCUAAAUAUCUUCCAUUAUUUUUUCACAUUACGCAGCAGAAUGAAAUUCUUUUGAGCAUUACGUUCAUAAAAAAAUUAAAUACGGAAAUGACCUUUUCAAAAUUCAUGAUAUAAUAAAAACAUUAUUUAAUGAUCGUAAGAUUAUGUAAGGGAGAAGAUAUUACUGAAAAUCUUGAAACCCCAGAUUUACUUUUGGCGAGAUUCAUCAACUAUAUAAUAAAGAGACCAAGUUUCGAAAUCUUUUGUCUCCUCACUUUACGGCGUUUUUUGUAUAGAAAAAACAAUUUAUUUUGCAUGAGCUGCUAGAGUUGAUUCAAGUUUUCUUCCCCAGCGACUUUUUAUGUGUUACGUAAUUUAUGUACGAUACCUUAAACCUCUUCUUAUUUUAAUCUCUAAACAUAGUCAUUCAUAUAAGGGAUUUAUGAUUUAUGUUACCUUAUUUGUUGCAACUUAUAUUAAGCCCUUUGAACAAAAACUCUGAAUAGGUCCCACUUACCCCGUGAAACGCAAUAAAUGAAUUUUUUGGCGUGACAAAACUAAAUUAGCAUUUUUUUAGGUCCCACUUGCCUCGGGGUACCUUAUGAAGAGCGAGGUAGUUUGUUUACUGUUAAACUGCACUUCUGAAUAAAAUCCCGUUGGAACUCCUUGAAUAAUUUUAUAUGGAACAUCUGAGUGAAUCUCAGUAAAAAUUCUUGAUGGAAUUUCAAGAGGCUCUUUUGGGUAAAACAUGGGAAACUGAUGAAACUUUUGAAGAAAUCGCUGUAGAUACUCAAAAAAUCGUACUAAAAGAUUUAAAAUUGGUUCACCAUAACUCAAAAAAUAUGAAUUUCAGUGAAUUCAAAAUUUUCAUAUAGUGUAAAACUCUAAUUUCAACUAGGGUAAGUGUACCAAUUAUGGCUAUAGUACCAAUUAUUCGCCAUAGUUGAUUUUCACCCUUCAAAGAUGUAAAUCAACAAGAAAAAAUUUGUGAACAACAGAUCACGUUUACAAAAGAUGGUCGCUUUCAUUUAAACUCCACAUUUUGCUCAAAUCAUGGUAGAAAUAAAUCAUUUUCCUUAAAAUUUCGGCUUCCUUGUACCCGUUUUCGCCAUAGUGUACCAGUUAUGGCUAACCCCAUAAGGAAUGCAUGCAAAUAGUGCGAAACCAUAACUGGUACAGGGUUCCUAUCGUUGGCACACGCUUUAAUAAAUACUAAAAGUAGUUUUGGCUCCGAUUCUGUAUUUUUCAUGUAAAGUAUGGAAACUAAGCUGUCUUUUAAAUAAUAUAUUGAUGACAUUCGUUGGUCUUCUCGUUGUUUUUGUAUAAAUAGCUUUCCUUAAGUAGUGUCGUAAUUGGUACACGCACCCUAUAUCUUCAAUUUUUUCUACUUAAAAAAAUCGAGCACUAUUCUGGAAUUAGGUCCUUAAUAAAACUUCAUCAUUUUGUUUUGUAAACUAGUGUUAUUAAUAAACUACAUUGUUGCUAGAUUCUAGAAUAUCAUGACGGUUGAAAAGGAAUUUUUAAAAUAUGGAAAGAAAUAGAUAAAAAUCGUUCUAAUAUUUCAUUUUAUUCAAUGAAAUAAAUAGUUAUUUCCGAAUCAGUCUGUAAGCAUUCGAUCAACUCUCAGACAUUUUUUCCUAUCUUUUGAUUGCUAAUCUUCCAGCCAUGGACGGCCACCGCAACCUCCGCUGGAUCAUCGUUCUCGUUCUCCUUUUCACGCCGCUGAUUCUCAUCAUCAUCCGAAUGACCCGCGAAACCACCGUGCUCAUGCUCGGCUACUGCAUCAUCUCCUUCAUGGCCUACCUGCUGGUGGCGUUCAAGAUGACCGUGGUGCGACUUACCUUCCCGAAGGCACAAAUCCUCAUCGACUACUUCAACGCCCAUGUCUUUCACCGGGAUGACCCCGUUUCCUAUCGGCUCCGUCGCAAGACCUACUUCAUCACGUGGAAGAUUUUCUUCUCGGUCGGCGCCUUCAACGUGUGCUACGUGGUGGCCUUCAUGGCUCUCACCAACCCGACCAGUUCGUACGUGGGCAUCGGCGAGUCCGAGGUCAGCUGGUAUCACAUGGCACUGAUCCAAGCGGCUGCAGUGUUUUCGCUGCUGCACCACGGGAUUUAUGCAACGUCCAUACUGGUGGUUUCCUUUCUGAUGCACUGGUUCCAGACGGAGUUGGAAAUUUUGGCAAAAGCUUUCGCGAAAAUUUUUCAUGACAAGCCACCGAUUGCGUUGCGCAAAAGCGAGAAACGCCGAACGGUUUACGUGAACAAGGAGGAAAUUUUGUGGACAGGGAUCGAGCGGCGAUUGAUUUAUUGCAUUAGCCGGCAUGGGGAGGUUAUGGAAUUAGUUGGAGUUUUGCGACAGAUUGUGGAGCCCAUUUUUCUGGGACUCGGAUUCUACAUUGUAACAACGAUUUCAACUCUCAUAUUCGUUAUGAUCAAGGACCAUGCUUUCAACUAUUUGGGUCUAAUCCACGUGGUUGUGACCAUCAUUGAGUUCUACUACUAUGCCCAUCUGGUGGAUGAUUUGGACGAAAAGAACAACCUCAUCGCCAUCGCCCUCUACCAGCAGGACUGGCACGGUCAGAUGAAGUACAAACUCACGCUGGAGAAGCACUACCGCAGUGUCAAGACCAUGAUGAUGAUUGUGAUAAUGCAUUCGCAGAAGCCAUUCCGUUUCACCUGCGGAGGACUGUACAAGAUGUCCGUGCCCGUAUUUACCACCAUGAUAGAAACACUCUACUUUGCGGUCACAUUUAUGAUGAGAACGAUUAAAAUUCAGCGCUAAGUAAGUCACGUUUGCUGGAUUUGCGGGAUGGAACUAGGGUAUGUGUGGACAUGUUGGUCACCUACAUAUUUGAAGGUUUGUUUUGAAAAUUUUGAAAUCUGUCAAUAUUUGACAUAAUUUUGAAAAUGUUUUAUUAUAAUAUUUCUAGAAGAACCGUUAAAUCGAUUUCAAUCUUGAAAAUACUCAACAUUUUAAGUAUUUUUUUUCAGAAAAAAAAAACUAUCUAUACCAGAAUACUCCUACCCUACCAGUUCAAUGACCGGAUUCAGCUGGAUUGAAUAAAUUACUAUCGGUAUGCUUUGUUUAAGUCCCGUCCAUUUUCGCUUUCGUAGUUGAUUAUCACCUCUGUCCGUCUGUUCCGUACUCCGUUAGCGACAGUCAGUUAUACUUAGUAGCAAGACCAUGCGUGCGUACAUAUACUUGA